AGGUGGUGGGUUUGGCAGCCAAGCAAAGCAGAGUAAGGAAUAUCUCCAAUACGGUGGUGAAAGUCAAACAGAUCCUGGGGCGAAGCAGGACCAUCCCAGCCAAAGCUUGGUCUAGCCAGGUCUUAAAAUCCCCCAAGGAUGGAGCUUCCACCACGUCUCUGGGUAACCUGUUCCAGUGCUUCACCACCCUUCUACUGAGAGAAGUCAUCUUAAAGUCUACCUAAAUUUCCUUUGCUGCAACUUGAGCCCAUUGCUUCUUGUUUUGUCAUCUCUCACCACUGAAAACAGUUCAUCUCAGCUCCAUCCUGUUUUUAAACCCCUCUUCAGCUCUGGUGACCCCCAAGCUGAAAAAUACAUUACAGAAAGCAAAUGCUCAGUGACUGAGAAGAAUGGAAAACUCCAGUAUGAAAUGGAUAACAAACUUGUUAGCCCUGAAGAAGUUGCAAAACUAAUUUUCAGUAAAAUGAAAGAAACUGCUCAGUCUGCUUUGGGUUCGGAUGUCAAUGAUGUUGUGAUCACUGUACCAUUUGACUUUGGAGAGAACCAGAAAAAUGCUCUUGGGGAAGCAGCUGGGGCAGCUGGCUUUAAUGUUUUGAGAUUAAUUCAUGAACCAUCUGCAGCUCUCCUGGCUUAUGGAAUUGGACAAGAUUCACCCACUGGGAAAAGUAAUGUGUUGGUUUACAAGCUUGGAGGAACAUCACUUUCUAUCACGGUCAUAGAAGUGAAUAGUGGAAUAUAUCGUGUUCUUGCCACAAACACAGAUGAUAGUAUAGGAGGUGUAUGUUUCACAGAAGCUUUAGCCCAACAUCUAGCAUCUGAAUUUCAGAGGGGUUACAAACAUGACAUCAGAGAAAAUCCAAGAGCCAUGAUGAAGUUAAUGAACAGUGCUGAUAUUGCAAAGCACUCAUUGUCAACUCUGGGAAGUGCAAACUGUUUUGUAGACUCGCUGUAUGAUGGUUUGGAUUUUGAUUGUAAUGUGUCCAGGGCCAGGUUUGAACUUAUUUGUUCUCCGCUUUUUAAUAAAUGCAUAGAAGCCAUUAAAAAACUUCUGCAACAAGUUCGGUUAACUGCAGAUGACAUUAAUAAGGUAGUUCUGUGUGGUGGGUCUGCUCGAAUCCCAAAGCUCCAACACCUGAUUAAAGACCUUUUCCCAACUGUGGAAUUGCUGAAUUCGAUUCCUCCAGAUGAGGUCAUUCCCAUCGGAGCAGCCAUAGAAGCGGGAAUCCUGUUAGGGAGAGAGAACCUCUUGUUAGAGGAUGAAGCACUGUCUAUGGAAUGUUCUGCCAAAGAUAUUCUUGUGAAGGGAGUAGAUGAGUCGGGGUCUGACACAUUCACAGUACUGUUUCCAUCGGGGACCCCAUUGCCAGCACGAAGGCAGCACACACUACAAGCCCCAGGAAGCAAUUCCUCUGUAUGCCUCGAACUGUACGAGUCUAUAGGGAAAUGCCUUGCAAAAGAGGAGGACAAAUUUGCACAGAUCGUGCUUCAGGAUUUAGAUAAAAAGGAGGAUGGGCUGCAUGACAUAUUGACUGUUCUUACUAUGAAAAGGGAUGGGUCCUUGCACAUUACAUGCACAGAUCAAGACACAGGAAAGUGUGAAGUCAUCACUGUUGAAGUGGCAUCCUAGUCCUAUUUAAAAGGAGUUUCUUUGUCUUGUCUGGUUUUGGCUGGUUUGUCAUUUUCCCCUCCCUCCCCAAAACUGUCUUUAUUUUAAAGAUUCUUUUUAAUGAGCUGUCAGGCUGGAAUAAAUUGCAGUAAAACUUUUUACCACCAAAUCUAUUUUCUAAAUAAAAAUAUUGUAUAGAAGGUUACCCUAACUCUUCAGACAAUGGAGAGUCAAAUAGUUACUGAUUGAAUGCUCAAAAAAGGGAUGGAGAAAUCCCAGAGAGCAAACCAUUAAAUUUAUUCAGUAAUAAGGUUUAUUACCCAGUAGGACCCAAAAUACAGAAAGAAUCCCCCUCAAGUCAAGUGACCUGUUAAGGGUUCUAGUCGCCUGUGUGUCUAAUUUAAAAAAAUGUUACAUCUGUUUGGAGCUGUAGUCAACGCUGGUAGCUUUUAAACAACCAAAAACAAACCAAUUCUCUGCUGGGGUGGGUAUUUACAAUGUAUAUCGAACUGUAUGGAGCAUUAGUCUUAAAAUGGCUACCUGUUGGAAUUGGGGUUCUGAUGUAGAUCAAACACAUUUGGGUUAUUAUGUGAAACAUGUCUGUUAAGCACUUGUGUGCUGCUUUACUUAAGUAAUGGUAAUAAACUAUGUUUUCUUUUUCAUA